AUGGCGGCCACCGGCGCCGCGCCGGCGCCCCAGUUCUGGAUCCUGCGGUACGACUACGUCUCAGACAUCCUGGACCGCCGCGGGCCACACCGCGAGGCCCACCUGGCGGGCGCCCAGGCCAAGGUGGAUGCCGGGAAGCUGGUGUGCGCGGGCGCCACAGGGUCGCCCCCUGAUGGCGCCGUGUUCCUGUUCAAGGGGAUUAGUCAGGCCGACAUUGAGGACUUUGUUAAGGUCAGGGGUGGGAGAUGA